AUGUGGUUCAGCCUGAAAGCCCCGCCCACCGACGACGCUGAAGAGGGCCGGAUCCGGCCCCCGGGCCGGGACUCUACAUCCUCUUUCUGCUCUGAUCCUCCAGAUCUGGACUCUGCUGUGUCGUCUGGGGGCCUGGAUCAGAUUUUGGCGCCCCCUUCGGAUCAGAAACCGGCCCAGCCCAGGACCCGGUCCUUCUUCCAGUCGGUGGUGGUGUCCCGGGUGGUGCGGCCCGAUGGGACCGUAGAGGAGAGGCGGACGGUCCGAGAUGGUCACGGACACGAGGAGACCACCGUGACCCGCUCAGGAGGUCCGAGGAGGGAGGAGGAGCCUGAGCAGACCGCACCUGUGCUGCCAGGUGGAGCUCAGCACUUCUCAGACCUGCGGGACGACGACUCGUUGUUCUCCAGGUUCUUCGGAGGCUUCAAAUGACCCGAAUGACCCUCUGGACGGCGCCGUUCCCCUCACACCUGGAUGAACCAACGCCGUCUUGUUGAAGAGAGUUUAGGAGCCGUUCUGUUUUAUAUCCAAGGAUGUACAUAACCAACAAAUAAAGACCUAAUUUAUUUAC